GCUUCACUAAAACUAAAAAGCGAAAAGCGUCGAACAAAUUGCGGUCAUUAAACUUUUUGCCACACCAAGUGCGAUAAAUUGUCGCCCCUGGAAGCUCUGCCUGCCACAACAAAGUCACAAAUCAACGCGAUCGGAUGUACUGAAAAAUUUACGACAAAAUAAACCGUCAACUGAUUUCUCACAGGAUUAUUUAAUAUGAAACUAAAGAUCAUAGUGUUCUGUUGCUUUUUUAUCCUGGCCAGUUGCAAGGUGCAGAAGCAAGCAGCCACCAAUAGUUGGAGGGAUCUGAUCUUCGGUGGAAAGUGGCUGAGUCCCGCUCCACGUUUACGCGAAUCAAAGUUUUUGCCUAUUUUUGCACUAGUGCCCAUUGGUCCGGGCAGUUGUUCAGCGCCAUCGGGAGAGCAAGGCAACUGCAUACCUAGCAAGGAUUGUGUGUUGAGAAAUGGGAUUCCUGCAGGUCCCUGUGGAGGUGGCUAUGGCGUUUGCUGCAUCUUUCUACAGACUUGUGGCGGUGUGAUAAGAGAGAAUUCGACCUAUUUCGUGAAUCCCAAUCAUCCUGAUGUCUACGAUGGUACUGGAAGCUGCCAGGUUACGAUUCAAAAGCUGCAUCCAGACAUCUGUCAGUUGCGUUUGGACCUAGACAUGUUUUCCAUAGCCCCACCGGAGGCGGCCAAUCAUUUGUGUAACCAGGAUCAGUUGCUCAUUUCGGGCGGUAGUCCAACACCCACUAUUUGUGGCAGUUCUACUGGAGAUCACAUGUACAUUGAUGCGGGUCUGGGGCAAAGUAAUCCCAUUGUCUUGUCGGUGAUUACCAGUGGUACCUUUCCGCGGCUAUGGCGUAUCCGUGUCACCCAAAUCCACUGCGGAAGCAUCAGCCGGGCGGACCAGGGAUGCCUCCAGUAUUACACCGCGAUCAGUGGGCGGGUGCGCAGCUUUAACUACAACACGAUGGCUGGCCGGCAGUUGUCCAACCAGGACUACAGCAUAUGCAUCCGAAAUGAGAGAAACUUCUGCGGCAUUCAAUACAAUGCCUGUCCGGACCUGGAAAACAACAGAUCGCGGUCCUUUACACUGACUGGAAACUCCAACAACCCUGUGCCCACGAUGGUGGGCGGUGGGGGAGCGACUCUGCCCACUGCCAGUGGGUGUGUAAGUGAUUGGCUUUUGAUAGGAUGCAUCCGUUCGGCGGAUAGGAUUCCACCUCUGCCAGGAUGCGAAGAUCGAGUUUGUGGCGGAACUUUCAGCGCAGAGGCUGGGAUGUUGGCGAGAACGGUACAGUCAAGCGUUCGUCCUUUCCGGCUUUAUUUCCACACAGAUGGCGUCGAAGCUCCUAACGACAUCGACAAUCGGGGAUUUUGUCUGGAUUAUGUGCAGCAGCCCUGCACAAGCGGCUUUUAGGAAAGUCCCCCCAAAACUAUGCUAUUCUUUUUUGUCGCUGC